AUGGUUCUAAUCCAGUUAAAUAAUCGAACACUCCAGAGGGUUAAUGAUUACAAUGCACAAGACAAGAUUACACUAACGAUUAACAAUAUCGAAAUCGUAUUUAACAAAGCAUUUGCAAUUGCAAUUUCAAAUUUAAUAUAUUCUCAGUAUCUUUUAGAUAAAAAUAUUGAUAAAAUUGAUAUAAGUCCUGAUGUUGUUUCUGAUGAUACAUAUAAUGUAUUAAAAGAUUUCCUUCAAUAUAGAAUUACUGAAAUCGAAGUUAAUGAAACAGUAAUGAAAGAUCUUUUUCAAAUCGGAUUGUCACUUGAAAUCGAAGAAUUAACUGAUUUAUAUAAAACUAAUGUAAUUGAUAAAAUGAAAAUAGAUAACACAAAUUGCAUUAAAUUACUUGAAUUUUAUAUGAAUGUUUCCUCAGAUGAGAAAUCUAUUGAAUGUAUUGACUUCAUUGCCGAACAUUUCUACGAAAUCGAUCAAAAUCAACUCAAAAUAGUUCCUAAAAAGUUUGGAAUUGAUGUUUUUAAGCAAAUACUUAGCAACAAAAAACUUCAAAUCACAGAUGAAGAUUCUCUAGCUAAACUCAUUAUUUCUCUUGCAAGGGAAGAUAUUGUUUUCAGUUCAUUAGUUGAAUUCAUUUAUUUUGAGUUUUGCAGCGAAGAAAUAAUCAGAGAAAUGAAAGAUUUCGUUUCUUCUGAUAACUAUCAAGAUGUUGUAAAAUUCCUUGUUGACUCUAUUAUAAGAUCAAGAGAUCCUAAAAAUCAAGAUAGAGUAUUUAUGAAAGAAGAUACAAACUAUUUUGAAAGCGGUAAUGUCGUAAUGUCUGCUUCUUCUACAAGCUAUGGAUCUGUGGAAUUGAUUAACAAAUAUAGAACUGAUACUUAUUUUAAAACUCACAAUGAACCGAAUUCAUGGGUUGAAUUGAAACUAAAACAAGAUCUUUUAAUUCAACCAACAAGUUAUAUUGUUAGAACGGCACCCGACUAUGGAUCCUUUGUUAGCAGACUUCAAUCAUGGAAAGUUGAAGGAUUAACUAUUAAUGGUGAAACAAAAGUUAUUCACGAAGUCUCUAAUUCUCUAUUAAAUCAAGGUGAAAUUCGCAAAUAUAAUAUUACUUCUAAUGAUAAAUUUGCCUCAUUCAAACUAAUUCAAACCGGCAAAAACAGUAGUAAUUUGGAUAACUUACUAAUUGAUGUUUUUGAUUUUUCCGGAAAAGUGUUUAAUAAAAAAUAA